CAAAAGCAACAAAAAAGUGCGCAUUGUUUUUCUUAUUGUCAUUCAACGGUCGCACCACCUAAGUGUCUCCCUGUGUGUGUGUGUGUGUGUGUGUGUGUGGCAGUGGUGUCAACCGCGUUGUUGUUGUUGUCAGCCAUCCAACGCCUUUGGGCACUCAAUUAAGCCCAAUUCAAGGCAGACGCCACACAACACACGCAAGUUGAAAGCGACAGCUUCCCACGCCGACGCCGACGCCGACGCCAACGCCCACGCCCACAGCUACACCGCCCACAUUUACGCCCAGAAGCGAAGGAGCAUAAGUUUGCGCUUGAAGGAGGUGCACGGUGGUGCCCGGUGGUAACCGGUGGUGCCCGUCGGUGCUUACGGCCAUUGCCAAUUGAGUUAAUGUGACAAUGAAACUGAGCGUCAGCGCGUAUCGGGCGCAUGCAUCCGCACACAAGAAGAUCCUCUCCAGCGGCUAUCACUCGCAGCUCAACUACGGCAGCACUGGAGCCGCCGCAGCAUCCUCCUCCUCAUCGUCGGCAGCAGCGGCGGCCACUGCAACGGGCCUAUAUACGAUGGAAACGCACGAGCAUGGCGGCAAGUUUGCAAAGGAUAUGGCCAGAUUCGAUUGCAAUAGCGACACGGACGUCAUCAGCCCCACGGGCACGAGUAGCUCCGGCGGAGGAGGCGGCGGAGGUAGCAGCAAUGCCCCGGCGGAAGGCACCCAUCACAAGCGCCAUCACAAGAGCAGCGGCGGCGCCUCGGCAGCAGCGGCUGCUAAAUUGGCCAACGAUGAUGACAAUAACAGUGCGGCGCAUUCAUCGGAUAGCAAGAGUCCCAGUCAGCGGAAAUCGCGUAUCGGAGAUGGAGCUUCAGAUCCAGAUUCCGAUUGGACACGCUCAAAUCAGCGCUGGAUGAAACUCCGCACCACCGUACAAAUCUCAUCGGCCAUACAGAAGAAACCACCGCUCAAGCGCGAAGACUCAUUCCUGAAGCGUUUCUCAACUAGACAGAUACCCGAAACACAGGAAACUGUUGAAGACACGGGUUCAGAAAGUGCCUCUGGUGACGUCGACAAAACGGUUAAGCGUCGGCGACGCUAUCUGCAGAAACGACGCUCCGUUGUUAAUCCAGAUGAAAAUUUUUACUUCUAUUGGUUAAUGAUGUUAACUAUAUGUGUUCUCUAUAAUCUAUGGACCCUAAUUGUGAGGCAGAGCUUUCCUGAACUGCAGCAAUCUGUGCCUACCUUCUGGCUCAUCUGCGAUUCAAUGACAGAUGUUGUAUUUAUCUUAGAUAUAAUAGUUCAAUUACGUACGGGCUAUCUGGAGCAGGGCCUAAUGGUAUAUGAUGACAGGAAGCUGGCCUGCCACUAUGUGCACUCGCGUGAGUUCAUCUUCGAUAUGAUUGCGCUGAUACCCUUGGAUCUGCUACAGUUGAAGAUGGGCACGCAUCCGCUUUUGCGUUUUACGCGCUUUUUUAAAGUAUAUCGAUCUGUGAGAUUUUAUUACAUCGUAGAGAGUAGAACAGUUUGGCCAAAUUUAUGGCGCGUUGUUAAUCUAAUUCAUAUCCUGUUAAUAUUGGCCCAUUGGUUCGGUUGUUUCUAUUUUUUGCUCUCCGAGGCGGAGGGCUUUCAGGGCGAUUGGGUGUAUCCGUACAGGCCAGGCGACUAUGCGACGCUGACGCGAAAGUACUUGGGCAGCCUGUACUGGUCCACCCUGACGCUAACCACAAUCGGCGAUCUGCCCACACCCGAGACGAAUGCAGAACCGAACUUUUCGGUGGACGGCCCUCGAUCAAUACCAAGGCGUGGCAUCAAAUCACGACUGCUACAGUUUGGCUCUAGCUAUGGGUAUAUUUUUACGAUCGUUAGUUAUCUAAUUGGCGUUUUUAUCUUUGCGACUAUUGUGGGCCAAGUGGGUAAUGUGAUAACGAAUCGUAAUGCCAAUCGGCUAGAGUUCGAGCGUUUACUCGAUGGGGCCAAGACCUAUAUGAGGCAUCACAAGGUGCCCGGCGGCAUGAAGAGGCGAGUGCUGAGGUGGUAUGACUACAGCUGGUCGAGAGGCCGCAUACAGGGUGGCGGUGAUAUAAAUACGGCUUUGGGCCUGCUGCCCGACAAGCUGAAAACCGAAUUGGCCUUACACGUUAACCUGAGCGUACUGAAAAAGGUGACCAUAUUCCAGGAGUGUCAGCCUGAGUUUCUGCACGAUCUCGUGCUGAAAAUGAAGGCGUAUAUCUUUACGCCGGGCGACUCGAUCUGUCGCAAGGGAGAGGUCGCUCGCGAGAUGUUCAUCAUAGCCGAUGGCAUCUUGGAGGUGCUCAGCGAAACGGGCAAGGUACUGACCACCAUGAAGGCUGGCGAUUUCUUCGGUGAGAUCGGCAUACUCAAUCUGGAUGGGCUGAACAAACGCACAGCGGAUGUCCGCUCUGUGGGCUACUCGGAGCUGUUCUCGCUGUCACGCGAGGAUGUGCUAGCCGCCAUGAAGGACUAUCCGGAUGCGCAGGAGAUCCUGCAGACGCUCGGGCGCAAGCGUCUCAUGGAGGUGCGCUGUGUCAACAAGAAAUAUGCCAAGGCAAAAAGCGACAAGGAGGAUGCGGCCUUUGCCGCGGCCCAUCCGCAUCAUCCGCAUGCGCAUGCUCAUCAUCAUCAGGUGCACCAGAGCGACAGCAGCGAGAACAGUGCCUCAAAGAAGAUCGUGGACAAGCUGAAGCACGAUGUCAAAGGCUUUCGCAAUGUGCUCAAAAAGUCCAGAACUUCGCGCAAGAGCGACGAGUCGCUGGAAAUGCAACCGCUGCAUAAUACCUCACCACGUGGCAGUAAGAUCAUGCUGAAGCGUAUGUCACGCGUUCGCUCCGACGACAAGGACGCAGACAGCGCCGAGGCCAAAGACGAGCUGCACGACAAGACACCCAGUCCCAUUGGGGCUGGGCUGCCGCUGCUGCAGCGACUGCGUCUGCUCAAAGAGAAACAAGAAUCGAUACAGGAAGAGCCCGAACGCGAGUUCAACGAAGGCUUUCCCCUGAUCCAGCGAUUGCAGCAGUUGAAAAUUAAAAACGAGCCACAAUCGAAUGCCAGCAACGAGACCCAAGUCGUCAUGGUAAACACGCCGCCUAACAUCAGCAGCAAGGUGGACUUUGCGACGGCAACAGGCGGUAGCGGUGUUGGUGGUGCAGCAGGUGGUGCUGCGGGUGCUAGCCAAAGUUUAACCGUUGCCCAAAUCAAGCCCAUCAUGAAAGUCUCCUUCAAGCAGAAGAUACAACAGCUGCAGGGCAUAGUGCCGGCUAUACCAAGUGGUAGCAGCACCGCAAGCACGACCGGGACCACCAGCACCACCGGUGCCAUAGCCAAAAAGGAGCCACCCAAAUCGCUGGCAGUGGUGGCCAAACAUGGCGGCACAGCUCUGCCAAUAGAGCCAACAAUUGGGGCUGGUGCCGUUGGCCAAACCUUGGCCGCCAUCACCACCCAGUCGAAGAAGCUAGUGAAGCCAUUUACACCACAGCCAUCGGACACGGACACCGAUGGCACGCCAAUUAAGCCUUGGUCCAAGCUGAAGCUGGCCACACUCAUGUCAUCCAGCUAUACGAGCUUAAACAACUGCUCGCCGGACGAUCUGGCAACGCCGCUGAAGAACUACUCACUCAGCAAUAUACCACAGCAAAUGGAGAGCACCACGAGUGCUCGACCACGCCACCACAGUGCCCGCAGCUCCCGCCACAGCCAUGGUCACGGUCACGGGCAUGGGCGUGGCCAUGGCUCUACCUCGAGCACGUGCUCGUCGAGCACACGCAGCACGUUGAGCACGACACGCGAUUGCCUGCGCCUGCAGAAGCCGGAGCAGAAGCUGCCCGAGGGCGAGACCACAACGGGCGGACGUAAGCUGUAUCAGAGCGUGUUCGAUCUGUCACCGGAAUAUUGUGGACUGCCAUUUGUGAAGCGUCUGAAGAUCUUGAACGAGCGCCAGAAGCUGGCCGAGCUAGAGAAGGCGCUGCAGACGCGCAGCUUCAGCUUGGACUGCUCGAAGUCGAGCAGCGGUAACAACAACGAGGUGCCCAUUACGGAGUCCUUGUAUCGCUGCUACAGCGACACCUCUGGCAUCUACUCUCAGUUUCUGAGUACCUACGAGUCCGCCACCACCACCAGCAGCUCCACAUCCACAUCCAUUUCGACCAACACAUCCACCUCGGAUGGCAAUUCGAAGCAGCUAUUGAAGCAGUUGGAUUAUAUGCCCCUUAGCCCCGAGUCGAAUGAGACGGUGGAGCGGCGCAAGCUGAAGAGCAUAUUGAAGAAGAUGCAGCAGAGCGGAGCAGCUGAUGAUAAUGGUGGUGGUGGUGGUGGUGCUGCUGCUGCUGAUGGUGAUGCCCAAGACGAGGCGAAUGCCAAGACCAAGACCAAGGCCAAGGCCAAGGCCAAAACCAGUGCACUGUCGAGGGGGCUGUUAAUGGAGCCGACCUUGGAAGGGUACGUGGCGAGGCACAGUAAGCUCUUGAAGAGUGUAACCUUCCAUUCAACUCUUUCUAGCCCGCCCCCCAGUGCCACAGAGGAGGGGCACUUAGCGGCCCUCGGUGGUGGUGGUGCUACUGCUGCUGCUGUUUGUCUAAGCAGCAACAGCAGCAAAAGCAACAACACACAAUUCGCGAGCGCGGGCACUAGCACAAGCUUCGGCUUCGGUUCCAACGGCAACGAAAGUGUGGCAACGUCACGAUCAGCUGGCCUUGUGCUGCCAGAUCAGGCUGCCUGGUCGCCGACGUUAGCAUUGGUAACGCCAACGAAUUCGCCGCAAGAAUGUUUCGCCGCAUUUGAGCCGCAGUUGGUCGGCGGCAACGGCGUCAUCGCUGGCGUUGGCAACGGCUCAACGUCAAUCGCUUCCGCAACCGCAUCCGCAUCCGCAUCCGCAACCGCAACCGCAUCGUAUGUGGUCGAAUGCUCGUCGAAUACCGAAUUUCAUGCACAAUCCACAACAUCCACAGAUUUGAAUUUGAAUUUGCAGCUCCGGCAGAACACGACCAAUGCGACCAGCCAGGCGGGUCAGUUGCCGAAACUGGAAGGCUUUCCAGAGGCGCAGGAUUACUUCAAUCAGAUACUCAGCGGCAUCAAUCACGUGAUCAAGACGCACAUGAACGAAAUGCACUCGAAAUUCGAAUCGCAGUUCUCGAACAUGGCCGGCGAGGUGAGACGCCGCGACGCUAUCAUUGCACAGCUGCAGCUGAAGCUGCGUUCCAUCGAGCAGAAGCCAACGAUGCCAUCGACGACGCGUCGCAUCAAGCGCGAGAAGCUGCCCCAGCUGUCCGUGGACGAUGACGAGCCAGCCGAACAGGACAACAGCAGUUCGGGCUCCUCGGCCGAGUUGCUCUUCAUGCGCGGCGACUCGCUGGACACUGUGUUCACCUCCUCGCCGCCCAUCCAGGGUCGGCGCAGCAUAUCGCCUGGUCCCAGUCGGCAUCAUGCGGCCUCCGCGAAUGCGCUCAACUGUCCGAGCAGCUACUACAGUGGGCCCGGCACAUUGGCAACGCGGCACGCACAGAGCCAUCCCAGCUUCUAUACGCCGCAUAGCAGUCACGGUGGGGGCGUUCUGCCCGGCUAUCGGGACUGGCAUGAGCAGGGCAUGGGGAUGGGAAGCAGCAUGACAGCUGAUAGCAGCAGCAGCAGCAACGCCGCCAUGAUGAUUGCCGAUGUGACGGGCAAUUUGACCCGACUCUCGGACAGCGUCAUUCUCGAUAUUGGCGAGAGCUCCAGUUCCAGCUCGUCGUCCAGCAAGGUGAACGUCGAUGUGGACGACGACGACGACGAAGACGACGAUGAGGCGGAGGAUGAGCUAAGCGGCGCGGCACUCGUGGCGGCAACCGGCAGCAGCAACAACGAUUGGGAGGUGCAAAUGCUUGCCGCCGAAAUGGAGAGGCAGGAGCGCAAGCGAGGACACUCGCUGUCCGACAAUCUGGGCGAGCUGCGGCACUGCAGCACGUUUCUCCGCAGACGUCGCAAGUUCAGCGACACCGAAACCGAAUGCAGCGAAACGGAUGCCGACGAGCGUCUGGCAGGCGGUGUCGGUGGCAGCGCCAGUGCCAGUGGGCCGGCGCCUACAGCUGCCGAUGUGGAUGCCACAGCCAGUGGCAGCAAUCGACCACGCGCCUCCAGCUUGGAUCAGUUUAACCUGCGCUACGGCAUCGGGCGCGGCAUCUUUAAAGCAAUGAGCAUCGAUCGGGAUAAAGACAAGCUUUGAGAACUAUAAUCACAGUAGGACCACGACACCAACAGCAACAACAAGGACAAACACGACAAACAACCGGACAGCAUUACAGAUGGUACAACAAACACACUAACACACUUCGGUACAUAUAUAGAUAUAUAUACAUAUACUUAUACAUAUACGUAUGUAUAUAUAAUGUCCAUGAUAUGUUUAGCCCUAGAAAACUCGCAAGAGCAAGAAAACCACAAAAAAAGAUUAAUGUAGGGGUAUUCCCCCACAAAAAAAAGAAAACAACUUACAAAUUAGUACUUGAGAUAAGAAAAAGAAGAAGAAAACAGACAACCAAAGCGAAUUGAGUAGCCUAUCCACCAGUUAGUCCAGAAACCAAAUUUACCUAUUCGUAUAUCGUGUUAUCGUUAUCGAUAUUCCUUUUGUCCAUAGCCAAAUUUGAUUUACAUACGUAUUUAAUUAACUGAUUUGCAUUUAUGUCUCGUGUUGAUUGGCUAUCAUUAUCGAUAUCCUGCUCAUAUGGCAGUAGCCAGUUAUCCUGUUAUCGUUAUCGAUUAUUAUUCUCUCUCACAUAACUAUCAAAAUCAAAUUCCAGAGUCCAUGUAUGCUAAUGAGUUUUUUGUUGAAAUGGAAUAUUUUAGUCUCACGGAUAUUCCAUGCUCAUGUUAUCGUUAUCGUUAUCGUUAUCAGCUUCCUCCUAUUUGAUCAUUUCUUGUUAUUCAAUAUCAAUCGGGAUGUUGAUUCCCUUAAAACUUCUAAAUCAUAGACAUAUCCGCAUACAGUUCGCUCUCCUGUUAUCGCUAUCGUUAUCGCUAUCGUUUUGCUUAACAUUUGAUACAUUGGUCAUCUGCGAGUACCUAGAUAUAAUACCGUCCUAUAUAUAGCGUCCAUGCCAUCGGCGCCCAUUAUAUGAUUUGUAUUAGUAUUGAAAGUGUGACGAGUGUCGAGUUCUGAUCCAUCUAUCGUUUGCCUUGGUUCCUGGACAUGUCCUGGUGGAUGGGCUUCGCCUCAAUGGGAAAACCAUAAUGUAUAUACCUCUUAUCCUAUUAGGUACGUAGUUAUACACACACACACACAUACA